AUGAAUAAUAUCAUACUUGUUCUUGCUAUGAUGAUCCUCUUCUCAAGCAGUGUCGUCACAACAAGCGAAGUAGAGUCAUCAACUAACCAAGAGCUCUUUCGAUCGGGGUGGUUCCACCCUAGCUUUCACCCCAAGCCAUAUGUAAACCCUAGAAAAGCCUUCCCCGGGAUCAUUAGAUGCUUGUCCGACAAAGAGGAGGUAAGUGCAUGUUUUGAUUAUAUCGUUAGGAGUUUUGACACCGGAGCCAAAUGUUGCGACGCGGUCAAUAAGAUGAUCCAAGAUUGUGAGACCGUCUUUGGAUCUUUUCGUAACUCCUUCUACACCGACUUUGUCAAGCUACACUGCUCCAUUGUUUAA